AUGGCAGGACUUCUCGGAGGUGGCGGCAACAGCAACGAUAAGGCCAGCAAUGGCGGACUUUUAGGAGGUCUCUUGAACACAGUGGAUGAUACCACUAAAGGCCUUCCUAUUGUAGGCGGUGUGACUUCACCACUUCUCAAAACAGUCGGAGGAGUGACUGAUGGUCUGCCAGUCGUCGGAGCCAAUGGACAACAAGCGCAGGCACAACCGAAAACACAAAAGCCUCGAAAGGUAUUGACGGAAGCAGAGCAGAAGGAGAAGAAGAAGAGGGCACUUGCUCUGAAGAAAAAGCAAUUGGAGCUCGAGGCUGCCGAGCUUGAGAUGUCGGACUGA